GAAAGAGUGUAGGCAGCUGCAGCUAUUCAAAGCCAACUUGAAUUUGUAACCUUCAACAAUUCACUCUCUUCUGAUCGAAUUCUCAUAGAUCUAUUCUGAUCUUCAGAGCACGCCAUGGCUUCGACAUCCGAUCCAUAUAAGCAGGAGGCUGUUAUUAGGAAACAAAAUAAAGGAGCUCCGAUCAAGUUCUUGAUUCCUCUUAUAUACGCUCCUAUUCUUCCUUUAAUUCGAAUCUCAUUGAGGAGGAAGCCAGUUCUAAGGGACCGGUUGUUUACUGGUGUGUUGGUUGGUGCAUUUGCUCAUGGAUUUUAUCUGGUAACGGAUCUUUAUGAUGUUGAGAGCAAGUGAGGUGGAUUGGUUAGAGGAGAAAUGUGGUUGUUUACUUCAAUUCUACAACAUUUUUUUUAAUUGCGAAUAUUUGCAGCUUGACAAUCUGGUAAUACCUUCAAUGGCUUAGGACAGAUUAGAUACUGUAAUUCUGGGAUGAUAGGUAUCUUGUAAUCUUGUAACUUUAUUAUUGAAGGCCCUUUUUUUUUUAUUUUCGUGUGUAUGUGUGUGGGGAAUAAGGAAUGAUAUGGAACUGAUUGUUGCAAUUAGCUUAUUACAUGCAAUGAGGUAACAAAUGAUUAACCUUU